CAGCCGGUGUUUUCAUUUAUUUACGCCCCUCCUGUCGUACACGGUGGUUUCCAUGCUUCAGAGAGAACAGGCUUUGAGUGAAGGAACACCAUGACUUUGACCAGAGGAUCUUUUACUUAUGCCAGUGGAGAGGAGUACCACGGCGAGUGGAAAGAAGGUCGGCGACAUGGCCUAGGCCAGCUCAAGUUUCAGGAUGGAACAUGCUACACUGGCCAGUUUGAGAAUGGCCUCUUUCACGGUUCUGGUGUGCUGCUUUUUACAGACGGAUCCAGGUACGAAGGAGAAUUUGCUCACGGAAAGUUUCAAGGUUCAGGAGUCUUUAGUCGAUUCGAUGGCAUGAAGUUCGAAGGAGAAUUCAAAGAUGGCCGUGUUGAGGGAUAUGGGCUAUUGACGUUCCCUGAUGGAACUCAUGGUGCUCCACGGAAUGAGGGCUUGUUCCAAAACCACAAGCUGCAGAAAAGGGAGAAGUGUCCUGGAGUGGUGCAGCGUGCUCAGGCCUCAGCCUCCAGCGCUCACAGCCUGGCGCUAUGACUGCCUUAGACCAUAAAGGUGUUAGGACUAAACUUUCAGCACCUUCCAGAUGGGCCUUAAGGGUGAACACUCUCUUUCACAACCUCUCUUUGUCUGUUGUUUUACCAUUUUUUUGUUUGCUUGUCCACACUUAAAGUGACUUAAGGGAAAUGCAUUUGAACAUUUUUGGAUGACUUUCUAUGAAAUGAAGAACUUCAUGAAGCACACCUUUAACUUGAUGAGUAAAGUAAGCAGGGAAAGCUGCUGUCUCUCAUAUUGGCAUCGGACCAUAAAACGUGUCUGUUUCUUUCUAUAGCUGAUCAUUUUGCUGCUGAUUAGAGAAAUUACUUUUUAAAAAUACUGUUUUUAUUAGAAUAGUUUAAAAAAAAAAAGGAAAACUCAUGGCUGCAUGUUAAAGAAAGAAUGUACAUAUUUAACUAUUCACAUUUGCCUUAAAGAUAUUUUCACACAAUCACAUGCUUGGGGGGUGUUCAUAAAAUAAUCAGAUGAUGGACAUUGGGCAUUGGGCAUUGGACAUCUCCUCACAUUCUCACUGCAUGACUUGCCUUGAGGUAUCUGUCAGUUUAAGGAGUUGAAAGCCUGAUUAAGGAUGGUGUUAGCUCUGCCAUUUGCAAGUCUUCUUCUUGAUGAUUAUUAUUACUGGGAAAGAUCACCAUGACACAACAUUUGUACAUGUUAGAAUCAUUCAGUGCUGCUCAGAGGUUUACAUACGGUCAUCAUCAGCAUGGAUUCAGGGUCGUAUGAUCGUCCAACAGACAAUUUCAAUGAAUUUGAUCAACCAGAGUUGGAUGAACAAUUUUGAAUUUAUUGUAGUGGGCCAGACAAAGCCAGUUUUGAUUUUUUUAUUAUUUGGAAUCAAAAUGAAAAUGCAUAAAGCAGGUGAACUUUUAGCUACUGAAUCAGUCCGUAUCUCUUAAUGACAAUUAAUUAAUAAGUAAGUAAGUAAGUAAGUAAGUAAGUAAGUAAGUAAGUAAGUAAGCUUCUCUGCAACUAAUUAAAUGACUAUUUUUGAAAUAUUAGUGGGAUUAUAUGUAUACUUCUAAUCCUGAAGAGAAAAUUCACAUUAAAUUCAAACUUGCCCAACAAGUUCUUGUUUUAAAAUUCAUUGUCAUGGUUUGUUGUAUCAAGUAUUGUUGCAACUAGGUCUGUCACAAUAACAAAUUUUGCUAGGUGAUAAAUUAUCCCAGACGUUAUUGCGAUAAACGAUAAUAUUGUUCUGAGACCAUUUACAAGAGAUAUAGUGAAAAUACCAUAAAAAUGCAACAGCACAUUCUCAAAGAUCAACAAACUUAAAAUUUUGAUAAACCCUGGAAUUCAAAGACAUUUAAAAUAUUGAAAAGAAAUAAACAACAAAUGAAAUUAUUUAUGAAGUCUCUCUGAAAAUGGGGCCUAUUUGAGAAUGAUUCACCAGGCUGAAGAUUUUUGUCAUCCAGUGUUUGGUAGAAAGAGGGAGAGAAAAGAAAAACACAAUAAAUCAUGCAAAUGGAAAUUAUUGAGUUUAUUUUAUCUUAUGAUUAAUUAAUUUAUUACUUAUUGCGACAGGCCUAGUUGCAACAUGGAAAAAGAGCGGCCCUACUGCGUCAUUAAAAGCCCAACAUUUAAUCUGAUGUACAUUCUGACGGUGACUGAAUGUAAAUUUCUCACCAGCACCUUGUGUUGAAUCUAUGGACCUAAAUAAUUUAGGCAGCUAAAUGAAAAAAAAAAAAUAAUAAUAAUAAUAAUGUACUUGUUUAUUAAUGUGUGUAAGGUGUGUAAAUAUUAAUUGUAUAUGACUGUAUCAAUUUUAAUUUUAAGCAGUCUGGACUAGUGGAAAAUUGUGUUUUUAUCAUGUUUGAUAUUUUGACACAUAAUUUAUUACAGCUGAUCACAGCUAUUCUAUGUUCUGUAUACUUGAAUGUUUAACAGGCCUUACGACACAUCAGUAGACAUUAUUUAUUCUAGUGUCGCCUCCAAAACUUCAACCAAAGACAAUCAUGUCAUAUAAGAAGUAUGAAGACCUGAAAUGGUCAGUAAUGCAAACAAACAGGCCUUAGAGUUGGAUAGUAAAGACAAAUCAAUGAGGAGAAUUUCAACUGGAAUUUAAGUACAUUUGAACAAAAAAAUGACCCGUUGUCUAAACAAGGAAACAUUUGGUUUAUUUCUGAAAUCAGAUUAGAAAGUUUUACAUUUCCACUGCUACAUUCUAUGAAAAAAGAAUAAAUCAAGAGUUAAGUCCCAAAGCUUGGUUUAAUGUGUUAUGACAACUUUUAAGACUGAAAAAGAGACUAAAAGCAGAUAAUCUGACCUAUUUUGGUAUCAGUAACACUAUUUUGGUGCACAUUUAAAAGUAUUUGUUCACUCACCAACUGAUCUCACAAGAGUCAUGCUUCCAUUUUCACCUGGAAACAAAUGGUGCUUUACAAAUGUGCCUGUCCACAAUUUGAUUUGCCUGGUAAAAUAAAAAAAAAAAAAAACAUCUUGUUGCCAUGGUGUUACCUUUUUGAGGAUUGUUAACCAUGUGGUCUUUAAAUAAAGCAUCCGCCGUUUUCCUGGAAUUCAUCUGACUAUGUAUCAUGGAGGCGUAUUUAAUAAAGGGUGUAUUGUAAAAAGAAA